CCUCCUGCCCCACCCCGCUCGCCGCCCGCGCCGCUGCUCGCGACGGGAGACGCCACCGCAGAUCGCCUCGCCGCCUGCAGCCGGGACCGGCUGCGUCCCCCCGCCGCGUGUAACCCGGGCUUGGGAGAUUGGGAGCUAUGGCGGCGCCGCCGGCGAGGGCUCGGGCCGACUACGAUUAUCUCAUUAAGCUGCUCCUCAUUGGCGACAGCGGUGUAGGAAAAAGUUGUCUCCUCCUGCGGUUCUCAGAUGGCUCCUUCACGACUAGCUUCAUUACCACCAUUGGUAUUGACUUCAAGAUAAGGACUGUUGAGUUGGAUGGCAAACGGAUUAAAUUACAGAUCUGGGAUACUGCUGGCCAAGAACGCUUUCGAACCAUUACUACCGCCUACUACAGGGGAGCAAUGGGCAUUUUGCUUGUUUAUGAUGUCACCGAUGAGUCUUCAUUCAACAACAUAAGAAAUUGGAUCAGAAACAUUGAACAACAUGCCUCUGAUAACGUGAACAAAAUUUUGGUGGGGAACAAAGCUGAUAUGGACGAAAGCAAAAGGGCUGUACCCACUUCAAAGGGACAGGCUCUUGCCGAUGAAUACGGGAUCAAGUUCUUUGAAACGAGUGCAAAGACAAACCUGAAUGUUGAGCAGGUUUUCUUUUCUAUAGCAAGAGACAUCAAACAAAGACUUUCAGAGACUGAUACCAAGACUGAGGACCGAACCAUCAAGAUCAAAUCAGAAGGGGAAGCCGAGGCAGCAGCCGCACAGAAAUCAGCUUGCUGUGGAUCUUAGAAAGCUUCUCCCUGCAUGGAUAAAAUGGUGGUGACUUGGUGCUUGUAAUUUUUAUCAUUUCAUUCUUUGCCAGCUAUUCUCUCUUUGUGCGUUAUUUAACUUGUUGCAAUUGUCUUGAUUUGGACAAAUGGGUGUUAAGUCUGAACAAUUACUUUAAAUAUUGGUGGAAGUUGACUCUGCUCUUGAUAAUGAUAAGCGCAUAUAGAAUUGGGUUGGC